UAUUUCAUUUUCGCUUAGUUUCUAUUAGAGGUACAAAAACUUAUAUAGAGUCGGUAAUAUGGUAGUGAUAUAGACUUAUAUAUAGUGAUAUAGACACAUUUUAAUACAGUAGUUUUAAACCAUAACCAAAGUUCAGGUGUGAUCCACCUCAAAAAAAAAUCAACUUAACUUUGCUACUACUGUCAUAACACACGAGUCCAAGGUUUAUAUCUUCCGUCUGAUUGAUUGGAUUUUCCGGUGAGAUUCAUUCUUAUGGCCCUAUUUAGAUCAGAUAUAGAAGUCGAACAACUAACUAUACAAGACGGUCAUUAGUAAGGGCCAGGGUAGUACCCGCAUAUUUGGGCAUACAUUGAUUGAAAUAGGACUGCUACGAUGCCUUGCUCCUCGUAGUGCCAUGUCCUUUGAAGGUUUGCGCCACAGGAGAUAACUUCGAGAAAUAUGGAAGCUCUGAAUUGUGCAUCAAUGGGUGCCAUGGGAUCCCUCCUUUGGAAGCUCGACAAGCUCCCACAUACUGCACCUGAAGCUGAAGACCAGGCACAGGCCAUCCGGCAACUAAGAAAUGGUGUUGCCAACAUAAGAACCAAGCUGGUGGAGCUAUCAGAGGUACACGAACAACACGAAUCUCCACUCACUGCGAAUUACUGGAUGAAAGAGGCGCGCGAAUUGUCCUACGACAUGGAGGACUGUGUAGACCAGUUCGUCCUUGCCGACUCAGAGUCAGAUGCCAAGGUGGCUUUUGCGGACGAGAUCUCAGGAUUCAGGAUUCGUGUGGCGGAGGUGAUGGAACGGUACUACAGGUUCAAGCUUGGAUACGUCCUUAGUUGUCCUACAGUCAUAAACAAGGCAUCAGCAUGCCCCCGUCUUCGAAGGGCCUCCGGGGAUACUAAUCGUGUAGCCCUUGUCGGCAUAGAAUGCCAAAUAAAUGAGCUAGUCGGGUUGCUUAAGCCAAAUAAUGGUGGUGAUGAAAGAGAGCUGCAGCUCAAGGUUGUAUCCAUUCUUGGUGUGGAAGGAGUCGGUAAAAGCACGGUUGCCCAAGAACUAUGGCGUGUUUUGGGGGAAGAGUUUGAAUGCCGCGCGUUUGUACAUGCGGCUAAAAAGCCUAAUAUGAGGUUGAUUCUCACAAACAUACUCUUGCAAAUCCGUCCAAACCAUCCACCCGAAGUUUGCCGAGUGCCAAAUCUCAUUCAAGAUAUCACCAAUCAUCUCCAAGAUAAGAGGUACUGUAUUAUGGUUGAUGACUUAUGGGCUGUGUCAGUAUGGGAAACUAUUAGCCGUGCUUUUCCUGAGGGUAACUGUUGCAGCAGAAUAAUAACAACAACAACAAUUGAGGAUGUAGCCCUGGCAUGUUGCAGUUAUGACCCGGAACAUGUAUUCAAGAUGAAACCCCUCAGUUACAACCACUCUAAAGACUUACUUAUCAGAACAGUUUUUGGCUCUGGAAAUGAAUGCCCGCAACAAUUACAUGAUGUCUCAGAUAAGAUUACAAGAACAUGUUGUGGUUUACCACUAGCAAUUACCUGCAUAGCUUCACUCCUAGCAACCAAACCCCAAAUAGUACAUCAAUGGGAAUACGUACAGAACUUACUCUGUGACAGUUUGACAAGAAACCCAACUUCUGUGGAAAUUCUAAAGCAAGUACUGAAUAUCUGCUACACUAGUCUUCCCCAUAGUUUGAAGACAUGUCUACUGUAUCUUAGUGUAUAUCCUGAAAACUACUUAAUUCUGAAAUAUAAUUUGGUGAGGCAGUGGGUAGCUGAAGAUUUCAUCGAUGCGAUGGAGAAUAAGGACAUUGUUGAAGUUGCCACCAGUUAUUUUGAUGAGCUCGUCAGUUUAGGUCUGAUUCAAAGGUUGGAUAUCAGCUGUAACGAGAAGGGGAUGUCCUAUUUAGUGCACCCUGUGGUAUUUGAGUUUAUCAAAUGCAAGUCCAUAGAAGAUAAUUUCAUCACUAUUAUUGAUUAUUCUCAGUCGGCAGUUGCACUCACUGAAAAGAUUCGCCGACUGUCACUCCACUUCGGUAGCGCAACAUAUGCAACUACACCAGAGAGUAUCGAGCCACUGCAUGUUCGGUCACUUAGUUUUAUGGGACUAUUAAACAGUAUGCCUUCACUUGUUGAUUUUAAGCUAGUUCGUGUUAUAAUCCUUCAUGUUCUGGUCGAUAAUGAAUGCACAAGUUUCCCCCUCACGGGAAUCUGCCAGCUGCUGUUGUUGAGAUACUUGCAGGUGAGAUGCAACGUCACUGUAGAAUUGCCAGAUAAGAUCGGAUGUCUGAAACACCUCGAAAUACUUGAAAUACAUGAAAGUGUAGCAGGUGUUCCAACGGACAUUGACCAUCUUCCGAUAUUGAAGAAACUCUGCCUUGGAAGAAAGAGAUACUGCAUGGAGCGAGAUGAAGUCCUGAAGAUAGAGGAUUCAAAUGGAGAAUAUGAUGAUCCUAUAGAGAACUUGGUCAAAGAUAAAGAGAUAGAGGAUCCAAAUGAGCGAGAUGAAGUCCUGAAGAUACAACAUGGGGCGCACAAGGAUGAGUUGUCAAGUGAUGAGGAUGAACUUCUGGGAAAAAUACAAGGCGAUGAUAUGAAGAAACAUGCUAUUGGCAGAGUAAUGAAGCUGGCGUCGAAGCGCGCGGUGGUGAUGUUCACGCUCAGCAAUUGCUGCCUAAGCCACACGGUGAAGUCCUUAAUGGCGGAACUGGGCGUGGCAGCGCUGGUGUACGAUCUAGACAGCGUCCCCAGGGGCAAAGAGAUGGAGCGUGCGCUAUCUAAGAUGAUCGGCGGCGAACGGCCCAUCCCGGCCAUCUUCAUCGGCGGCAGGCUCGUCGGCGGUGUGAACAAUGUCAUGUCGCUCCACCUCAGUGGCAAGCUGGUGCCAAUGCUCAAGCGUGCAGGCGCAAUAUCUAUAUAUGUUUGAAUAAAUCUAGCCGAGAAUAUCAUUGAGAUCAACUCCGUUACAUGCAUGCAUGGUAAUAUAAGAUCUUUUGAGUGUGUUCUACAAGUUUUUUUUUAGUACAAGAGAGCUUUCUUUACCCCACUAAUGAGCGAACGCUCACGCGAUUCCAAAUCAGGGAUUGAUUUUUCGACAUGCAUAAUUCCCUUUUCUGCAAAGAAAAAAAUCCC